UCAGUUUGACGUUUCCUUGCACGGUACUGUUUUGUUUACAUUCCGCGUUCGCUCACGCAAAUUCAAUCGCAAAGCAAAAACGUACCGAAAAUAAAGAAACGCGUCCGUGUAUAGUUUUCUAAUUUGCCGGCGCAUAUUUUCUCUUACCUUUUCUUUGCCAGCCCGAUAAAAAAACCAGACCACAAUGCUGGAAAUUACGUGCAACGAUCGGUUGGGCAAGAAGGUGCGCGUGAAGUGCAACCCGGACGAUACAAUAGGCGACUUGAAAAAGUUGAUCGCUGCCCAGACCGGUACGCGCUACGACAAAAUAGUGCUGAAAAAGUGGUACACUAUAUAUAAGGACAAUAUUAAGUUGGCGGACUACGAAAUACACGACGGUAUGAAUAUCGAGCUUUACUAUCAGUAAGCUUCAUUUGCCACAAAGAAAAUGGAAGCGGUUGGGACGAUGAUGCGCCGAGCUUCCGAAGGCGGCGUUGGUACUGUCGGUUGUUGUCAUCGUAUCGAUUUUUGGCGUAGCUGCUCCGUGACCACAGUAUAACGACUAGCAGAAGCGAAACUGGGCGAAAAUUAAACUACUAGGCACAAACACUAAUGCUGAACAAACGUAAACGGUCAAUAGCGACUUCAUGCCGGCAGGAAAUGAUAAGGAAACGAAACCCGAAAAGGCAAGAUUUUAAGAUAAGUUUGAGAUCGUUACGCACGAGGAAAUGAUAUUGUAACUGUUGGGCGGAAAUAAAAAUGUACUAAAAGGCCAACUAAAAGCCACACACAA